CAGUAAUUUACUACCUAAGGUAAUCUACCUGAUGACUGCACAUUUGCCAGCGCAGCCCGCACCAUAUUGAUUCUCCCCUACCCACUUGAGUUGCCCAACGUCACUUCAAUUCUCACCUCAACUCUCCUUGAAGUCCUUACCUCUCCCCCUUCCACUCAUUGACGACUCAACACAACCCUCCCUCCGACGUCAGAAGUUACCUCUUCCCACGAGCAGGCCCCCCUCUGCGAGGCCACGUCUAGGCAAAAAUGAGUGCCCCUCAACAGCAAAACGAGGCAGAAAAAAAUAUUGAAAUAUGGAAGGUCAAAAAACUGAUCAAACGUCUCGAGGCGGCCCGGGGUAACGGUACCUCCAUGAUUUCUCUCAUCAUUCCACCCAAAGACCAGGUCUCUCGUGCGGCAAAGAUGUUAGCUGAAGAAUUCGGUACUGCCUCGAACAUCAAAUCCCGAGUCAACCGUCUAUCUGUCCUGUCAGCUAUCACCUCCACUCAGCAACGUCUGAAGCUGUACAACAAAGUCCCCCCGAAUGGCCUGGUCGUCUAUUGUGGUGAAAUCAUCACCUCCGAGGGCAAGGAAAGAAAGAUCAACAUAGACUUUGAACCGUUCAAGCCUAUCAACACCUCCCUUUACCUAUGUGACAACAAAUUUCAUACCGAAGCGCUCAGCGAACUACUCGAGUCGGAUCAGAAAUUUGGCUUCAUCAUCAUGGACGGUAACGGAGCACUGUUUGGCACACUCAGCGGCAAUACAAGAGAAGUUCUGCAGAAGUUCUCGGUCGAUCUGCCCAAGAAGCACGGCCGUGGUGGUCAAUCCGCGCUUCGUUUUGCUCGUCUCAGAGAGGAGAAGCGUCACAACUACGUGCGUAAAGUUGCAGAAUUGGCCGUUCAGAAUUUCAUCACCAACGACAAAGUCAACGUUGCCGGGUUGGUCCUGGCUGGUUCGGCCGACUUCAAGAACGACUUGAACCAGUCUGACAUGUUCGACGGCCGUCUGCAAGCCAAAGUCAUCAAGGUCGUCGAUGUGUCUUAUGGUGGCGAGAACGGUUUCAAUCAAGCCAUCGACCUAGCUUCCGAGACCUUGAGCAAUGUUAAAUUUAUUCAGGAGAAGAAGCUGAUCGGCAAGUACUUCGAGGAGAUCAGCCAAGACAGCGGUCGUGUCUGUUAUGGUGUUGAAGACACCUUGAAGGCUUUGGAAUUAGGUGCUUGUGAAACUCUGAUUGUUUACGAAAACUUGGAUGUCACCCGAUGGGUUCUGAAGGCUUCGGAUGGGUCCGAGAGAGUUUUACAUACGACCAAAUCUCAAGAAGGCAACCGCGAACAAUUCAUGGACAAAGAAACCGGCCAGGAAAUGGAAGUUAUUGAUCAGAGUUCUUUCCUCGAGUGGCUCGCCGAGAAAUACAAGGAUUUCGGUGCCACGUUGGAGUUCGUCUCUGACCGAUCCAGCGAAGGCAACCAGUUUGUGAAAGGCUUUGGUGGUAUUGGGGCUAUUUUGCGCUACAAGGUCAACUUUGAACAGUUGGCUGACGUUGACGACGAAGACGAAUUUUAUGAUGAUUGACAAUUCAACGACCUCGAAACGAAAAGCGAGAAGCAACUUGUAGACAGUCGACCAUUGGUCCAGGACGUCACAUUGACAGCAUCUUCUCGCUCUGAGCGUCCUAACGACGCGCCUCCUUUUCUAGCUUCGACAGGAAAGGACCAGACCGUGGUCAGCAAGCCACAGGUCAAUCAUCUGGAGAACCCAAGGAUCAAGAAAAAUACUCUUUGGGGGGCUGAGAGAUCGACUGCUCCGCCAGCCACGCAAGCUCGGGGUUUAGUCCAUGGUCGAUCUAACCUACGCAAUAUGGUCAUGGUCUGAGAAAACGACGGCGGUCAGGUGCAGCCCGUCGACGAUCCUGCAGUGCCCAGCGGUGUCCGCAGGGGAAUUGGCUGAGAACUCCACUGAACCUGAUGUAAGUCCGACAUACCAGAUGGUCUGCCGAGCAGAUGCAUCAACUCUGUCCGUCACAACGACGGCGACAUGGAAAUCCGAAUGGAAGGCUUUACUCCGAUCUUGCCGAAGCACUUCCACCCUCGGUCGAAACGUAUUGUCUCUCGUGAGCUGGUCACUCCUUUUCAUUCGAGCUCACUUCUUUCUUGUUUGGCCGAAGGCCCCGUCAUUCCUGAGAAGUCUGGCAUUCGUGUUCCUCGAAUUACAUGCUCAGGCUCAACCCAACUUCUGGCAUUCCAGAACUCAGGACAGCUAGCCAAUACCACCUUAGGUAGUCAAUCAUUAUCGUUCUUGACUCUA